AUGAACUUGUUCAAGGUGUCUGAUUAUUAUAUCGGGAGGAUAUUGAACUCUCAGCCAAAGUCGGGGAGCGGAAGUGUUGUGGAGCAGAGUAGGAUCAGAGCAUUAUUGUUGGAUAAAGACACCACGACAACUAUUUCAAUGUGUGCUACGCAAAGUGACUUGCUGAACCAUGAGAUUUAUCUGGUGGAUACGAUUGAGAACCAAAAUAGAGAUACUAUGAGACAUCUGCGGUGUUUAGUAUACGUUAAUCCUAGUGAAGAAACCAUUCAGGCUCUUUUAAAGGAGUUACAGAACCCCAAGUAUGGGGAAUACUAUAUCUUCUUCAGCAAUAUGUUGACAAAGUCUCAGUUGGAGCGCCUUGCGGAAGCAGAUGACCUUGAGGUAGUUUCGCAAGUCGAAGAGAUCUUUCAGGAUUAUCAUAUUUUGAAUGAGGACUUCUAUUCAUUAGAUAUACCUAUAGAAAGACUUUUCCAGAGCCAUGAUGUGUGGGAUGAGUCGGUCCUGACAGAGUGUACAAAGUGCAUAACGUCUCUACUAUUAUCGCUUAAGGUGAGGCCGGAGAUAAAAUUUGAGUCUAACAGCAAACUGUGCUCCAAGCUUGCUAGAGAGAUAAACUACGAGAUAGAACAAAACGAGAAGACAUUGUUCGAUUUUCCAUCGAUGGACUCACCUCCAUUGUUGGUGCUUCUGGAUCGUAAGAAUGAUCCUUUGACGCCCCUUUUACAACCGUGGACUUACCAAUCUAUGUUGAAUGAGUAUAUUGGAAUCAAACGUAAUAUAGUGGAUUUAUCAGGGAUUCCCGAUAUUGAUAGAAAUUUGCAAACCGUGACGUUGUCGCCAAAGCAGGAUUCCUUCUUUCAUGAUACUAUGUAUUUAAAUUUUGGUGAAUUAGGAGAUCGGGUGAAGCAAUACGUUACAAACUAUAAGGAUAAGACACAUUCAAACAGCAAAAUCGAUAGUAUUGAGGACAUUAAGAAUUUCAUCGAGAAAUAUCCCGAGUUCAGGAAACUUUCGGGAAGCGUAGCUAAACACAUGGCCAUCGUCGGCGAGCUAGACAGGCAAUUACAACUGAGAAAUAUUUGGCAAUUGAGUGAAGUUGAGCAAAACUUGGCGGUUCAUAAGGAUAAUCAGCAGGAUUACCGGGAUAUGCUGGACUUGUUUAGAGAACCCAAGUUGGACCCGAAAUACAAACUGAAACUCGCUUGCAUAUAUCUUCUCAAACAUGGUGGGAAUGACGCCAAAGUCACUGAGAUGUUUCAGAUUUUAGGUCAGGAGCUUCCGGUGGACGACGUUAAUUUCCUUCAUAAGUUCAAGAGAAUAUUUAGCUCUAAGAGCAACGAACACGACAACCAAGGUCAUCAGCUGGAGAGGGACGACUUACUGAGUGAACUUGCGAGGAAAUUCAACAGUAAGAUGGGUUCAAAGAGUCAUCCAGAGACAGACAACGUAUACAUGCAGCAUGUACCUGAGAUUUCGACCUUGUUAACCCAAUUUUCAAAGAAUAAAGUUCCAAGAGAUAGGCUAAGGACGAUUGGUAAUGAUCAAGCUGUAACUUCCCCUUCAUCGCCAACUUCCUCUCCACCGCCUCAGGAUAUUAUAUUAUUCGUUGUUGGAGGUGUUACUUUUGAAGAAGCUAGAUUCGUUCAUCAAUUCAAUGAAACUAUGAAGAAUAGGAUGAGGGUCAUCCUUGGUGGUACUUCGGUAAUCUCUACCAAUGACUAUAUAGAGUCCAUCCGUAAUACGUAA